AAAUGUAUUGUGCAUUUGGUCGGCACGUAAAUAUCCACCGUACCAGUACACUUCGUUCAGCACGCUCGCUCGUAAUAUUCCCGGAGUUAGCGACGCGUUGCUAGGACAAAUGUAGCCCAAAUUCACCCCAGGAUUCACCCACCAUGAGCAGGACCAACACUUCAUCUCCAUAGGGUAGGAUUCCAGGAUGAUUUGGUGGCAGGAAACGAGUGUUUUCCGUGAGAAACAAACGGUGACGGGACAGGGAGUCGAGAGGUGAAAUGAACGGCGUGUCAGCGCAGCAAUGCGGCGGGCCAGUGGGUCCGUCGACCGGUGCCGUGUCUGUCUUGGUUGCGACUUACAGUGUUGGUGGUGAGGGCUCCAUGCCAGAGUCAACGUUUACACCGGAUGGCGAAGCAUGGACAACAAAGAAUGCGAGGAGAUUGUAUCCAUUGUGGCCCCCGUGUCGUCGCAUAACAACCAACAAAAAAAAACCCUCUCCAUCAGAGAGAUUACAAGUUUGCAAUGGGAUGAGCAGAAUUACUUCUCCAGAGAUUUGGCUGGCUGCUAUCGGUUACAUGCCUUAGGAGAUGUCACUGGAGGAAUGAAAUUGGAACCGGGACCAGUAUGGUGGGGACACUAACGGGGUGUACAUUACUGCAUCGUUAAUUCCCAAUGAACUGGGGCUAGCUGUAGAGUGGCAAUAUCUUCCACAUGGAAUUUCUCUUUGGCUGAAUAAAGAGAAAUAAAUUAAUCUGUCUACAGAUGUAGUGUGUACAAUUACAGGUAUCUUUUGCCCAUUUUAAAAAAUGAGUACUGAAUGAGAUAUUUGAAAGAUAAAGUGCUCAAGAAAG